GGGCUAGCGGGUUGGAGCCGCCGAGCUCGGAUCGGGAACGACAGGCGGGUCGGGGCCGGGUCAGAAGCGCGUCGGAAGCCGCCGCUGCAGCCUGGGCCCCGCAGAGGAAGGAAGCCGGUCGGCGGGGGAGGUGAAGCUUGCGUGUGGAGUGACACAGUCAAAUCAGACGCCAGAUGGACAGUGAGACAAGAGUGUCAGAAAGGAUUGGGCCGCGCUGCGAGAAUCAGCCUGGAGGCCAAGUGUUGACGAGCUGCUGAAAAGGAAGCCAGUGGGAGGACUGUGGGCCGCAGAGGAAGUGGCACCCUGUCUUCAGUCACACCAUUGAUGGAGGACAGAUGGACAGCCGGACAGCCAGUCACCUCUCCUCUUAAACCUUUGGAGAGUUGUCCUUUGUCCUCUGCUGGACACGUAUUAGGAAUCUUAACAUACACUCUGAAUUCACUUUCCACAGAAACAUAAGACCAGACUGCAGCGGGAAACCGGACUGCUCUGUUGCAUGGUCCCAGACUCGCCACCAUGAGUGCCGAGGGCUACCAAUACCGAGCACUGUAUGAUUACAAAAAGGAACGAGACGAAGAUAUUGACUUGCACUUGGGUGAUGUCUUGACUGUGAAUAAAGGGUCCUUAGUAGCUCUUGGAUUCAGUGAUGGACAGGAAGCCAGGCCUGAAGAAAUCGGCUGGUUAAAUGGUUAUAAUGAAACCACAGGGGAAAGAGGGGACUUUCCGGGAACUUACGUUGAAUAUAUUGGAAGGAAAAGAAUCUCGCCUCCCACACCAAAGCCCCGACCACCUCGACCCCUUCCUGUUGCACCAGGUUCUUCGAAAGCUGAAGCAGAUAGUGAACAACAGCAAGCUUUGGCUCUUCCAGAUCUCGCUGAGCAGUUUGCCCCUCCCGACAUUGCUCCGCCUCUUCUCGUGAAGCUCCUGGAAGCCAUUGAAAAGAAAGGUCUGGAAUGUUCAACUCUAUACAGAACACAGAGCUCCAGCAACCCGGCCGAAUUGCGACAGCUUCUUGAUUGUGAUGCCGCCUCCAUGGACUUGGAAAUGAUCGAUGUGCAAGUUUUGGGAGACGCUUUCAAACGCUAUCUUAUGGACUUACCGAAUCCUGUCAUUCCAGUAGCCGUUUACAAUGAAAUGAUUUAUUUAGCCCAAGAAGUACAAAGCUCUGAGGACUACAUCCAGCUGUUGAAGAAGCUCAUUAGGGCACCUAACAUACCUCAUCAGUAUUGGCUGACGCUUCAGUAUUUGCUAAAACAUUUCUUCAAGCUCUGUCAGACCUCCAGCAAGAAUCUCCUGAGUGCGAGAGUGCUCUCUGAACUUUUCAGCCCUCUGCUUUUCAGAUUCCCAGCAGCCAGCUCUGAGAAUACUGAACACCUCAUUAAAGUUAUAGAAAUUUUAAUCUCAACGGAGUGGAAUGAGCGACAGCCUGCACCAGCAUUGCCUCCUAAACCACCAAAACCCACUAGUGUAGCCAACAACGGUAUGAAUAACAAUAUGUCCUUACAAGAUGCUGAGUGGUACUGGGGAGAUAUCUCAAGGGAAGAAGUGAAUGAAAAACUUAGAGAUACAGCUGAUGGGACCUUUUUGGUACGAGACGCAUCUACUAAAAUGCAUGGGGAUUAUACUCUUACACUAAGGAAAGGAGGAAAUAACAAAUUAAUCAAAAUAUUUCACCGAGAUGGGAAAUAUGGCUUCUCUGACCCACUGACCUUCAACUCUGUGGUUGAACUAAUAAACCACUACCGGAAUGAGUCUCUAGCUCAGUAUAAUCCCAAACUGGACGUGAAAUUACUUUAUCCAGUGUCCAAAUACCAACAGGAUCAGGUUGUCAAAGAAGAUAAUAUUGAAGCUGUAGGGAAAAAAUUACAUGAAUAUAACACUCAAUUUCAAGAAAAAAGCCGGGAAUAUGAUAGAUUAUAUGAAGAUUAUACCCGUACUUCCCAGGAAAUCCAAAUGAAAAGAACAGCUAUUGAAGCAUUUAAUGAAACCAUAAAAAUAUUUGAAGAACAGUGCCAAAGCCAGGAACGGUACAGCAAAGAAUACAUAGAAAAAUUUAAACGCGAAGGCAAUGAGAAAGAAAUACAAAGGAUUAUGCAUAAUUAUGAGAAGUUAAAGUCCCGAAUCAGUGAAAUUGUGGACAGCAGAAGGAGACUGGAGGAAGACCUGAAGAAGCAGGCAGCUGAGUACCGGGAGAUUGACAAGCGCAUGAACAGCAUUAAACCAGACCUCAUUCAGCUGAGAAAGACAAGAGACCAAUACUUGAUGUGGUUGACUCAGAAAGGUGUUCGGCAGAAGAAGCUGAAUGAGUGGCUGGGCAAUGAAAAUACGGAAGACCAAUAUUCACUGGUGGAAGAUGAUGAGGAUUUGCCGCACCACGACGAGAAGACCUGGAACGUCGGCAGCAGCAACAGGAACAAAGCUGAGAACCUCCUCCGAGGGAAACGAGACGGCACCUUCCUGGUCCGGGAGAGCAGCAAACAGGGCUGCUACGCCUGCUCUGUCGUGGUGGACGGCGAGGUCAAGCAUUGUGUCAUCAACAAAACGGCCACCGGCUAUGGCUUCGCCGAACCCUAUAACUUGUACAGCUCCCUGAAAGAACUGGUGCUACAUUACCAACACACGUCCCUCGUGCAGCACAAUGACUCGCUCAACGUCACACUAGCCUACCCGGUAUACGCACAGCAGAGGCGAUGAAGCACUUGUCCUCGGAUCCUGCUCCUGACGUUCAACCACCCUGAGGCCUCUGGAAAGCACAGGGCUCCUCUCCAGCCUGACCUGUCAUUGAGCUGCGGAAACGAAGCCAUCUGCCUUCAGAUGGGACUCGAGCUUCCGACAGAAGAGUGCAGGGGAAGACACGCAACCUAGCACCGAGUAGUGACCCUACGUUUCUAAUCUGGAGCGCUUGUCCUUCCUUACGUUUUUGGAGGUUUUUUUUUUCUUUUUUUUUUUUUCUUUUGGUUUAAUUUAAGCCACAACAACACAAAGAGAAAAAGAAAUGCAAAAAUCUCUGCGUGCAGGGACAAAGAGGCCUUUAACCAUGGUGCUUGUUCAUGCUUUCUGAAGCUUUACCAGCUCAAAGUGGGGGACCUUGGAGACCAGAGGGUGGCCGGGCUCUAGAGCCCCGGCCUGCAAACGCUCGCACCAGGAUGGCUGGGCCUGGGCCUUGCUGUGCACGGUGGACCCAGACACGUCGCACUGUGGAUUAUUUCCUAAGAAAUGAACGAUAUGUAGCAGAAAGGCACUUCGGCUCCCAAGAGACAUUUUAGGAGAACGUCCGCUCACGUACAGUCAGAGGAAAUUCUGUCGUAGCAGAGUGCCAGAAGUGUUUUGUUUAGACUUUAAAAAACAAAAAAAUGACCCCACCAACGACGGAGAAACGGAGCUUGGAGAACAGGACUUUAAAUGACAUUCAUUAUAUAAAAUAUGUACAUAACAGUGGAUGACUAACUAUCAACUAGAUGGAUUUGUAUCAAUACCAAAUAGCUUCUGUUUUGUUUUGCUGAAGGCUAAAUUCACAGUGCUAUGCAAUUUUUAAUUGUCAUUGUUAUCUCCGUUUUAAAUGUACCUUAAGAAUAAGCUUCCCCACCCUAGUUUCUGUUGCCUGAAAAUACUGUCCCUGAUUUUUUGUUGUUAUUGUUAAUAUUCAUUUGUGAUUCUUUUCCUUUUUUUAAAAAAGAAAUGUACAGGAUGCCAGUUUAAAAAAAAAAUGGCUUCAGAAUUAAAACUAUGAAAUAUUUUACGGUUUUUCUUGUACAGAGUACUUGGCUAUUAGCCCAAGGUUAAAAAGUUCCUAACAGAUUUUUUGGACUAAAUGUUUUGUUGGGCAGUGCCUGAUAAGCUUCAAAGCUGCUUUAUUCAAUAAAAAAAGAGAAAGAUAUAUAAAUAUGACAAAAGUAUCGCUGAGUUCAACAAUGUUGUUUCCAGACUCUUAAAAUACGGUACCUGGUAAGGUUUCAUAAAGAAUUGUGAACUUCUUGAAUCUAGGGAGUGGGGGGAAUGUAGCCAAGGGCUGUACAGGUGGGGCGGGUGGGGGCGAGAUGGUGUGCACUUUCUCACGAUGACGGAGAAGUGAGUAACUUCUACUUCAGUCUUUUCCCACUCUGAUCUGCUUGUUACUAGACAUGAGUGACAAGGACAGACCUACUGGAACUCUAAGGCAGUGUGGCGGCCCCGGUCAGAGAACGGGAAUUCGUAGGAAGAAAGUCGGCCUCCUGGGGCAGUGUUCACCUUUGUUUGGAACGCUGAUCGCAAGGUAUAAUUGCUGCAUUUAGAUUACCUGUCUUGUUAACAUGAGAUUACCCGUUACAACCAAUAAACAUUCAUUUCAGAAAAAGCCGGACCUGGAAAAAGGAUUUUUAUCUGCAUUUGUUAUUUUCCCACCUUUCCAUUCAGUUGGGACCACACGGCCAAGACCCGUGAUCCGAGCUGCUCCUGUGCUGGGCUGGGGAGAGCUUGUGAAAGUCCUGGCCACCGCAGGGAUCCCAACAGUCCUUCUGGCUCAUCUUAAGUCAUUGUGUGUGUUCUACUUCAACGUGGGAGAAAGGCAGGGGUCCUAGAGCAGCCUAUCCAACUUGGGGCGAGAGGGAGGGUCUCUCCCGGAUUUACUCAGGCCCAUCCCCUUCUGCGUGGUGGCCACCGUCCCUGUGUCAGGAAUGAUAAAGGAUCAGUGUGAGGGGCCCGCCCCUGGCAGGUUCCAGUGGCAUCUCACAAUUGGCAGUUUCCCUUUGCCAGGAUUGAUUCAAACCCGGCUCUAUUUCAGAUACUGCGGGGAGGGCUUUUUGUUUUGUUCUUCAGUGUAGUUUUCAAAAUUCUUUUGUAAUAGCCGGUCCACCAGCUGACUUCAUGAUCUGUAGAAUGUAUUAUUUUCUUCUUUACACGGGGCUAUUCCUGUCAAGAGGAGGAGUUGGUCUCAUGGCCAGACUGUCAGCCCUGAGACCUGACCGUCUCCCUCUCCUCUCCACAGACCGAGGACUGGCCUGCUUGUAGCCUGUAAGUGUUGCCUUGAAACUAUCCUUGCACUUCCCACGCGAGCCCGCCGCUGCUUUCACAGUGAUUGCUAGACUAGUGUUCCAGUGGGGUCUUUUUAGUAGCACACCCAUGGAUGCUGUUAAAUAUGAUUUUCAUUUCACAUUGAUAAUACAAGGUCUAAGAUUGAAUGUUUCAUUAAAAGACAGCUUUGUUCAUGUUUUGGGGGUCACCACUCUCCCAAGGCAGCUUGGUCUUCAGGCACCUGCCUUGUUUCUGCAUCUCAACGGACACAAAUGCUGUAGGUUUCUCUCUGAACGGCAAAGGCAGGAUUCAUCAUUCCCUGUUGAUAGUGAGUUACACUGUAGCUAUGAGGUCACGCCUCUGCCAAAUGCCUUUUUUGAUUUUGGUGCAGGCCCACCACAUCCGUCCUUCUAUGGGUGACCAGAAGGGCUCUUGGGGUUCGAUCGGUCAUCUCCUCAUAACACUGAGUGGCUCAUGAGUAUGAAUGGAUACAGCAGAGGCACUCCUGAUAACACGCUUUUAUGCACGCGGUGACUCCCCAAGCACUGUAGCAUUCUAGAGAUAAAAGCCAGAAGCUAGGCUAGCUGCAGCAAGGCUGUGAGGGGACUGGACAGUGGGAGCUCGGGGACCCGAUGCUACCCACUACCCACAAGAGAAAAAUCCUAACCGUGUAAGAAGGCAAAAAGCAUGUGUUUGCAACAUCUGACAAGGUCACGGCCCUUGAUCUAUGUAUAUAUGUAUAUGUGCAUGGACUGUUUUCAGUACACCUUUCAGCCAAAACAGAUCCACAGUCAGUUGAGUUCAAGUACAUAACAAGCACAUGUCUAGUACAAUUCUUGUGUACGUGUAUGGGUUGUUUUUUUCCUUUGAAGUGGCUUUGUUUUGUCUUCUAAAGGUGAAAACUGUUUGCAAGUGAAGUGAGAAGUUCAUAAUUCUUUCGCUUUUCUCUGCUUUGUAAAGUUCCUCCUUUUGGUGAGCUGGUCUAGAUGACUUGCUUUACUUGGAAAUCCUCAUUUUCAGUGUGUCAAGUCAAAUGUGUUUCUGUGAGCUGUCACUGUGGGGAACCAAGUGCUCUGUCAUGUAGCUGGUUAUGAGCUAGUAACGUGUUUGGGAGUCCUACUGAUGUUCCUGAAUGGGAGAAAAAUUCUGCUGGUUUUAACACCUGUGCUUUUGCUAUGCAUGGUAUCCAAAUAGUUGGAAAGCAGACCCUGAAAUCUGAGUUCAAGGUCUUUUAAGAAAGGGGCAGUUGAAAGCACAAUGCCUCACAUGGGACAAAGUUCAAAAAUGCCAAAUUCUUAUUUUUUACAAAUCCACUUGUAUAAAAUACUAGCAUUAUGAGUAGCAAAGGAACAGAAUUGGGUUCAUUGGAAACACUAUCCAACUUAACGUUAAACUUGUCACCAUGAGAUAGCAUUAGCUGCCCAGGAUGCUGCUAUUUAAAAAAAAAAAAAAAAAAAAGCAAAACAAAAAAACUCAUUUAUAUGUGUGUAUUUUUUAAAGCUAUGAUUUGUUCAAUGUUUUUACAAAUCUGUUUAUAUGACAUUGUUAAAAUAAAGUUGGUCUUUUGACGAGAGGGAGGAUGUCAUGGUCAGUUGUAAUUUUGCCUUUACAAGGCAACUGGGUUGGGGGGGUGGGGGGAGUGUGCCUCCUUGACAUUUUGUUCAAGCUAUAGAUUCAGUGGAGCUAUGUCUUGUUUUAAGUUGCUCUGAUGCAUUGUAUUAGGUCUUCAAACAGAAUAAAGGUUGUUUUGAAACUUA